AUGGCCACAGCCGGCUCGCAAGACCGAGUUUCAUGGCGCGACCAACAACGGCCCUUCCUGCCAUAUGCCAUAAAUCAUAACACCUCCUCCGAUCUCCUCGUCGUCUCCCACAAGAAACUGCACAAACUUGCAGACCUCAUCAACCAUCAUCGGAGCACCGUCGAGCAGGCUGUCAUCCCGAUGCGCUUCAGUCACAAGGCUAUCGCCGCUGAGGUACUCGAACUCCUCCUCAAAGCUAAGCUAGAUGUCAUUGAGCGCGGUUUCAAACCCAAUCGAUUGGUCGUCGCGGAAGCUUCGGUGACCAAGGGCCUCCACACUACUGAGCUGCAAGUACGAGCUCGUGGAAGACACGGGAAGAUCAGCCAUCCGACAGCCAAGUUCAAUAUGACCCUACGCAAGCCGACUGACCCGAACAAGCUGGCACUCCAACGAAGACUGACCUUGAAACAGGCCAGCCUUUGGCUUAGUCAACGUGGUAUAAUCGCUGGUAGCCCCUCAGGGUCCCCGCUGAUAGUGUGA